CCCCUUCACCACCCCCACCCCCACCCCCAUUCCAUAGAAGGCACCUCUUGACACUCAACUUUCCCUGUUCCCAUUGCUGUGCUUUCCCUCCUGAUUGGACCCAGAUUGAUGCACAAAGCAAUAAAAAUUGUACCCUCCAAGAUUUCCAAAAACACUCCCAGAAGGGAUAGUGUCUCCCCUGUGGAGAACCUCUGCAACCCCUGGGAGUAGCUAGCUGAGCCGGGAGAGCUCAGGGGGCUUGGACCCCUCUCUCCAAGCCCCGGGGGAGGGCUUAGACCCCCACCAGGGGUGCUGAGGCCCCUGACCCCUGCCCCUGAUUGUCAUUUCCCACUCUAGCUUUUAUUCCAUUAAUAUUCCCCACUUCCUCCACACUGUCUUCCUCCAGCUGGUCCCAUGGGCUCCAUUAUUCAAACUCAGGGGGAGGAAAUCAGCACUGGACAGAUAAUCCACUGCUGUGGCUAACAGGGUCCCUGAGAGUCCUCCCAAACCCCAAGUGGAGUGAAGGGGGUCAGGCCAGGCUUAGUCCCAACCCAGGUUCCAGGAGGUCUGGGAUGAGGAGGCCCCACCUUCUACCCUCCCCAGACAGCUGCUGCAGCCCCAACAGCAGAAUCCUCGGGAGGGCAUCCGGUGUAAACAGGCAGACAACCCCUCCUGUCCCUGGGGGCCGGAUGUGAGUGUUCUCGUGUCCCUGUGCAGCUAUGGGCAGGGCUGGAGUGGGGCCGGGUAGGAAUAGGUUCCCACCCUGCUAGUCAGGCAGCCAGGCUCCAAAGAGGAUGAAGGUGCAGGGUUGGCUCAGCUUGAAGGCUUCCUGUGCCCCCCCCCCCCCCAAUGCCCUCUAACUUGGUUCCACCUGCAGCUGCCCCUUCUCCUUCCAUCUGGUUCUCUCCUGCUGCUCCUCCCCGGCUCCCUUCUCAGGCUCUCCCUGGGCCUGGCUCUGUUUAUAGACUCCCUCCUCUGAUUCCAUUUGAGUCCCUCCACCUGCCUCUAAAUCUUCCCCUUUACCCUCCCCCCUCAGAGGCUUCCUGGCCACCCCUUAUCUCUGGCUGUCUCCAUUUCUUUCAUCCUCACACACCUCUCUCCUCUCUUUCCUCUCCUCUCUCCUCUCUCCCUCUCUCUCCUGUGCUCCCCUCUUUGCAUUCUUGAGUCUCUAUCUCCUGUCUCUUCUCCCUGCCUCAUGAGGUCUCCCUCACCAGCUGUCUGUCCUCACCAGCCCCCUUCCCCAUUCCACCCGGACUCUGGGCAGCAACGCCACCCCCAUGUCUAGCAGGCUGACCCUUUCCCUCUCAGCACAUUCUCUGCCACCUCCUCCUUCCACCAAUCAUUAGCCCCUCGCCUCCAGUUUUGCAACUUUGGGACUGUGCCUGUCUCUGGGCCAUUCCAACACCCAGGUUCAGGCCUAGCUCUCAGUCUCACCCUCCCUCCGAUUCUCCCAGGCCCCUGGGUCUCCUGUCCCAGGCCUCACCAGGUGCCCCAAUCUCUGCAGCAAUUCCCUCUGCUUCAUCAGAAAACCAGCCCCAACAAGCCAGAGCCCCAUCUCUUAGGUCGGCCUCCUGCCCUCCCCCUCCCCUGCCUCCCUCAGCCCCGCCCCGGCCCCUCCCAGCCCUUGGGGCCCUCCCAGCUGCCAGCUCCCCUCCCGCCCCACCCCUCUGGCUGGGCUGGGCUGGGCUGGGCUGGGCUGGGCUGAAGAACAAUGACAUACGAAGAAAGAAGACUCAGCCCCUGCAGGACCUGGGCAAAAGGGAGGGAGCUGGGAGGGCCUGACCAGAGGCCCGGGGUGCCGGAGCUGGACCCAGAGCUCCCACCGCGGCCAUCCCUUCCCCGGGCUGGGUCAUGCGCUGCCCCAAGUGCCUUCUCUGCCUGUCAGCACUGCUCACGCUCCUGGGCCUCAAAGUGUACAUCGAGUGGACAUCGGAGUCUCGGCUGAGCAAGGUCUAUCUGGGACCCCAGGGCACCCUGCCAGGCCCCUCGCCAGCCAGUCCUGAGCCCACCCUGCCAGCUAACCUCUCAGCCCGUCUGGGCCAAACUGGCCCACUGCCCUUGGCUUACUGGAACCAGCAGCAGUGGCGGCUGGGGGCCCUGCCCAGUGGGAACAGCACUGAGGAGGGAGACUGCCGGGCUUGGGGGGCUGCCGCGGCUGCUGAAAUCCCCGAUUUCACCUCCUACCCUGAGGACCUCCGCCGCUUCUUGCUGUCAGCAGCCUGCCGGAGCUUCCCUCAGUGGCUGCCUGGAGGUGGCCAUGGCCAAGUGCCCAGCUGUGGGGAAACCAAUAUCCCCUACCUGCUGCUGGCUGUCAAGUCGGAACCAGGGCGAUUUGCUGAACGACAGGCCGUGAGGGAGACCUGGGGUGGUCCCGCUCCUGGAAUCCGCCUGCUCUUCCUGCUGGGGUCCCCAGUAGGUGAGGGGGGUCCUGACCUAGGCCCUCUGGUGGCCUGGGAGAGCCACCGCUACAGUGACCUGCUGCUCUGGGACUUCCUGGAUGUUCCCUUCAAUGAGACACUCAAGGACCUGCUGCUACUGUCCUGGCUGGGCCACCACUGCGCUGGUGUGAGCUUCGUCUUGCAAGCUCAGGACGAUGCCUUUGUGCACACUCCUGCCCUGCUGGACUACCUGCGGGCCCUGCCACCCAGCUGGGCCCGAGGCCUCUACCUGGGUGAGGUGUUUUCCCAGGCCAAGCCCCUCCGGAAGCCUGGAGGACCUUUCUAUGUGCCCAUGUCCUUCUUUGAAGGUGACUACCCGGCCUAUGCCAGCGGGGGUGGCUACAUCAUCGCCGGGCGCCUGGCACCCUGGCUGUUGCAGGCAGCAGCCCGUGUGGCACCGUUCCCCUUCAACGAUGUCUACAUUGGCCUGUGCUUCCGUGCUCUUGGCCUAGCGCCCAGGGCCCACAUAGGCUUCUUCACAGCCUGGCCAGCAGACCGCAGGGCUGACCCCUGCGUUCUCCGUGACCUGCUGCUGGUGCGACCCAUCAGACCCCAGGAGAGCCUUUGGCUCUGGAAACAUCUGCAGGACCCUCAGCUCCAUUGCUGAGCCUCAGUGGGGUUGGGAGGGGAGGGUCAACCUGGCCUGGGCCAGGGCCUCAGUGCCUGCCCCUUACUCAGACUCUGUGAGGAGGUCCUAGAAUCAUGACUGCUUGAGCCCCUCCUGGGCUGGCCCAGGCUAUGGGACCGAGCAGCAGGAGGCAGAGGACUGUUUUUGUCUACUUUUUGUUUUUGAAAAAUAUGAACAACCCACUCUGAGG